AUUUCCCCCACGGAGGAGCGAAUGAGAACAGAAAGAGAUCUGCCUCAUCGCCGAAUGAACGCGAGGGAACCACCGGCUGGAAACAAAGCAGUUUACCGUCAUGGAGCAGAAACAAACCAUCAACUUUGGUGCGGGACCUGCAAAACUUCCCCCAUCCGUGCUGCUUCAAGCACAGAGGGAGCUGAUUAAUUAUAGUGGCACUGGCAUCAGUGUCCUCGAGAUGAGUCACCGGUCGUCCGAUUUCAACAAAAUCCUCAACCAGACGGAGACUCUACUGCGAGAGCUGUUGAAGAUCCCAGUCAACUACAAGGUGUUGUUCCUGCAGGGCGGUGGGUCUGGGCAGUUCAGCGCCGUCCCCCUCAACCUUAUUGGCCUGACGCCUGACAGGUGUGCCGAUUACCUGGUGACCGGCACCUGGUCGGCCAAGGCUGCGAAAGAAGCGGAGAAAUAUGGGAAGAUCAAUGUCGUUCACCCAAAGCUGGAUAGUUACACCAAAAUCCCCGACCCCAGCAGCUGGGCCCUGAACCCAUCAGCCUCCUACGUUUACUACUGCUGCAACGAGACGGUGCACGGCGUCGAGUUCAACUUCACACCUGAGACAAACGGAGUGGUCCUCGUGAGCGACAUGUCCUCAAACUUCCUUUCUCGCCCUGUGGAUGUGUCCAAGUUUGGGCUGAUCUUCGCCGGGGCUCAGAAGAACGUGGGCUGUGCCGGGGUCACUGUGGUCAUCGUGAGGGAGGACUUAAUAGGCCACGCUCUGAAGGAGUGUCCCAUUGUUCUGGACUACAAGAUGCAGGCGGAAAUGAACUCCCUCUACAACACGCCGCCGUGUUUCAGUAUUUAUAUCAUGGGUCUUGUGCUGGACUGGAUUAAGAACAACGGAGGCAGCACUGCAAUGGAAAAACUCAACAAACAGAAGUCCUCUUUGAUUUAUGACAUCAUCGAUGCAUCCAACGGUUUCUAUGUGUGUCCUGUAGACAGGAUAUGCCGAAGCCGCAUGAACGUCCCCUUUCGCAUAGGGAAGAAAGAGGGAGACGACGCCUUGGAGAAAGAGUUCCUGGACGGAGCAUCCAAGCGUGGGAUGAUAUCACUGAAAGGACACAGGUCCGUGGGAGGAAUCCGGGCAUCUCUGUACAACGCAGUAACCCUGGACGACGCUGGAGCUCUGGCUGCGUAUAUGGAGGAAUUCCACAAAGAGCAUCAAUGAAAUGGGCCGAGGCGAAUUCUGUCAAACUUGCAUUUUAUCACAUAAACACUUACUGGUAGUCGAGGUCCUCGUUGAUCCUGGACAGCGUUUCUAAUAAGCUUUAACCACUGUGCUAAUGUCCUAAUUAUGCCUGUGCUUUCUAGACUUACUAUUUUAAUGAACGUGUUGAAUCAAGCUAUGUUGAUGUACUGUACAUAGUGAGGGUAAUUGUUGUUGAGAAUAUAUUUACGUUCCAGUGUCUGAAGUGCAGGACAGCCAACAGACUGAGGUGAUUUCUAUUUAUAAAGAAAGAAAUAAUAUGUUUUCUGCAAACACUGUAUGCCUUUCACAUCAAUAUGGUACAGUUGGUAGGUUUUUAUUUUAUUUGGGACUUUACACAUGAACUAGAAGUAGGGGUCUUUAAUACCAAUACUAACCUUUCUGCUAUUUUCACACACCACCCACUACUGACAUUCCUGCUUCUUGGGCCUUGUAAUGAUUUUCUAAACCAAACAGGAUGCUUGAUGAUGACUGAGGCUUUGCUACAACCCCUACCAGUACAUGGUGUAGAACACAUUCACUUCAAGCCUACAAUCGUCAGUGUUUUUUAAGCUCAUGCAAUCAGAUUGAACUUUGACCUGUUGUGAAGGUUUACCUCUUAUUCAAUAAAUAAUAUUUGUGUA